AUGGAAACAUAUCAGAACGUUUGUCUUAAACUUGAAAAAGAAGUUGUACAUCCUGUAUCUCUGGUUGACCAACUACAACAGCAAAGCCAUGAAGCUGUUUUAAUCAAUGAUGACAUGACAAAAAUAGUUGCAUCAGUCACCAAUGCCAAUUAUUUUCAGAAGACAUGGACUUUUACAUCUCCCGGAUACACCUCAGAAAUAGUAAAUCAACUAGACCAACUACGACGACAGCUAUUUCUCACUGAUGUUUUGAUUUCUGUAGACAGUCAAGAUUUUCCAUGUCACAAGUUGGUCCUUGCAAGCUGCAGUGAGUAUUUCCGUACCAUGUUUCAGAUGCGUACUGGGGUGGAUAAAAUUGAUUUGAGUGACAUUUCUGCAUCUACCAUGGGCAAUUUACUGCAGUUUUUGUACAGUGGUGUUGUCAACCUGGACAAAGAUAAUGUCUACCCACUACAGGCUGCUGCUGAAUUCUUUAAGAUUCCAACACUCCUUAAAGGUUGUUCUGAGUUUGUACAAGUCCAUGGUGAGAAGGACUUGAUCAAAAUCCUUCAUACAGCAGAUGGCCAAGAAAUUCAAGUAGAGUCAAAACAUGAAGUUAUAAAAGAAGGUGUCAGUGGAUUGGUAGGGGAACCGAAUGUACCAGAUCCAAAUGAAAUUGUGGUACCUUCAUCUAAACGCAAAACUCUAGAUAACUGUAUUAAUAAUCUGAAACGUGAGAGUGGAAUCCUGAGUAAUACUUGUGAAAUCUGCCAACUCUCAUUUGACAGCAAAAGAAGUCUUGGUAAACAUGCCAUUAUUCACAGUCAACAGAAAAAUAUAACAUGUAAUCAAUGUCCUGAAAGCUUUUCAUCAGUCAUUGAUUUACAGAAACAUCAAAUGAUUCACACUGGUGAAAAACGAUAUAUAUGUCAAGAGUGUGGUAAAGCAUAUGUAUAUCCUAAAUCACUGAAAGAUCACAUGAAGAUACACACAGGUAAUGACAUGUACAUUUGUCAUGAAUGUGGAAGAUCCUUUAUUCGUUCAGACUACUUACGUGAGCAUUUAGUAACACACACUGGUGAAAAGCCAUAUAAAUGUGACCAGUGUGAUAAAUCAUACGGCUAUAGGCGUGACUUAGCCCGUCAUCAACUUGUACAUUUAGAUGAAAGCCCUUUCAAGUGUAAAGUAUGUGGAAAGACAUUCCGAUCCCAAGACUGCUUCCGUCAACAUAAAUUCACUCACACUGGAGAGAAACCAUACGUCUGUGAACAUUGUGGCAAAAGCUUCUAUUAUCGCGGUGACCUUCACCGUCACAGAAGAAACAUGCAUCCAAUCUUUACUGCAAUCAAAGGUAAUAAAAGAUCUGUGGUCUUGUCAGCAACUAAGGAAACUAAGCAUUAUAAAUGUGAGGAGUGCGGGUUAAUUUUCAGUCGGCUUGACAGUUUACAGGGUCAUCUCCAUAAACAUACUGGGGAAAAGCAAUUUGGUUGUGAUAGUUGUGGUAAACAUUACGCAUACAAAAGAGAUCUGCGUCGACACCAAGCCAGUCAUCAUCCUGAACUUGAUCCUUUACACCAAUGA